UGUCGAACACAAUAAUGCGUUGCACAGCUGCUGGCGUUGCAUGGCUUCUAUGACAGGCGACUUGUGAGGAUCCAUGGCAGCAGAACAGUACAAACCAGCCGAGAUUUGUGGCUGUAAAGGAAUCCGGUCUUGUCUUAUCUGCGAAAAAAUCAACGGUAAAGAGAGAGCACAAGACAGCAGUCACUCGACGUUACACUAUUUCAAGUAUGAGCCAUCCCUCCGGCAGGCUAUACGAAAUGAGGGUGGUGUUCAAGAGUCGUUCUCCUUUCCUGGUGUCUUUCUAUGGGAAGACUUCGUGUCGGAGGAGAAGGAAAAAGAGCUGGUGAAGAGAAUGGACCAGGACUGUUGGAAGGAGUCGCAGUCUGGUCGUAGGAAGCAGGACUUUGGGCCCAAAGUGAACUUCAAAAAGCAACGUGUCCGUUUAGGAGGAUUCAGUGGCCUGCCUGCCAGUAGCCGGGACCUGGUGAUGCAAAUGAGACAGGAAUCGUUGUUACGGGGCUUUCAGCCCGUGGAGCAGUGCAACCUCGACUAUGACCCAGUGCGGGGGUCUGCCAUCGACCCCCAUCUGGAUGAUAGCUGGCUGUGGGGGGAACGCCUGGUCACCCUCAGUCUUCUCUCGGACACAGUCGUUACGAUGAGUAGGAGCGACCGCCUGGAAGAACUUCAGCUGGGAAACGUGCAAGGAGAAGUACAAGUGUCGGUGGAGCUCCCCCGCAGGGCGCUGAUCGCGCUUUACGGCGAGGCUCGCCACAGGUGGAAGCAUGCCAUCCACCGGAGGGACAUCUGUCAGCGCCGAGUGUGCAGCACGUACAGGGAGCUGUCGGUGGAGUUCCUCCCUGGAGGACAGCAGGAAACCCUUGGGAAGCAGCUGCUGGACGUAGCCCAGAGUUUCCAAGGGUCGCCGUUAUGAAGCUCUGCAUGUCAGUGCACCUCUAUCCGAUAUUUCUCUGCUAAAAUUAUGCCUGGAAAAUUCUGGGUAAUCAAAAAGAACUUUUCGUAGAGCGUAGACAUUCUCAUAUCUGCUUCCAUAUUUGUACGUUUUCACCCGGGAAUCUGGAACGUAAUUAUGGACAGUUGCUCAUUUGGGAAGUACACAGAGAGAGGAUAUCAAACUGAAAUGCGGGUUGUAGGAAACUUGCUGCAUGUGUGGAUUGCGUUUGUCACUCAGCAUUCUAGGAAAUCUGCAACAGACCCCUAGGAAUGGCAUGAGAAGUAUUCGAUAGUGAUUUUGAAAUAUGUUGGGUUGUGAUGUCGUUUUAUUAAAAUGUUAUAUUCUCCAAAUAUAUUUUGCCAAAGAUUUGAAUUAGAAUUGUUU